AUGCCAGUAUUUAAUGGCUAUUUGGCGAACAAAGUGAUGGCCACGUGGACGGAGUUUUUCCUAUUGUUUGGGCUGUGGCACAUUUUGCAGGUCCAAGGAGUUGCCAAGUUCACGAACAUCGAGUGCUUAGGUGCGGACGAAAACUUUACCACCAUUUCUCUGUGCCGAUUGUACGCCGUGAAAAGGGAUGUGGCGGAAAUGAGCUUGAGGGCUCGCAUCCUCCAAUGGCCAAAAGGACCGGUAUCGAUGCGCAUGCAGCUGCUGAAAAAGGCCAGUGGCUAUAAGCCCUUUCUAUAUAAUAUCUGCCAGUCGGAUGUGUGCGAGUAUCUGGAGAAACGGAACCACCCCUUCGUAAACAUCAUCCUGAGCAGUUUCGGGAACAGAACCAAUGUGAACAAGUGUCCAAUUCCAUCGGAAAUAGUCUUGGAGCACUUCCGGUUCCCCGUUAAGGUUCUGGAUAUAAUGCCCCUGCCUUUCGGGGACUACGCACUCUUCACCACCUUCAGUUUCCGUCGAGCGGAGUUGGCGCAGGUUAAAGUGUAUUUCACAUUAACAGAGUAUCGCUAAAGGCACACAAAUCACGAGCCGAAUAUUUGUAAUAAACAUCAG